AUGGUCACCCAGGAACAGCCUUCUCGAAGACCCAAGGAACAAGAGGGCGCUUCCCGACAAACUGGAAAGCAAAUAGUUUCCAGUGGCGACAUGCGCGAUCACCCACUAGGCUUCGCAGGAGAGCGCAUAGUGGUCGCGGGUAGCAGGGACGGGCCUGGACGAGGUCCACGGUGGAGCAUUCCGCGGUGCCCCGAGUCGACCGGUGCACCACUAGACGUUCGUGAGGUAUUUGAGGGGUCGUGA